AUGAAAUAUCUAUUACUAAUUCUUGCCGUUGCUUUGCUGUUUGUCUUCUCGGAAGCGCAAUGGGGUUACGGAAUGUACGGUUACCCAGGUUAUGGUUACGGUGGAUACGGUGGUUACGGUGGUUACGGAUAUGGACGACAUUAUCGUAGAAUGUUAAGGCGGAUGUAUGGAAUGUAUGGACCCGGUUAUAGCAUGUGGGGUUAA